GAACCCGGUCGCGCCAAGCAUGGCCUCCACCAGCGCGACGACGCCGAACCGCGGCUGCCACACAGACGGGCUGUGUUUCAGUCGGACGUCGUUGACAGCCCGCCCGUCCGACCUCCGCCUCUCUUCCAUAACAUCCCCGGAUGCCCCUACACCUGUGGCCCCGAGGGCGGAGACCAAGCCAAAAUGCAAGAUUUCCGCCUCCCGCAAGCUCUCGCUAAAGAUCCUCUUGCUGACCCGUGCAACGGAAGAACUGGAGGCAGAGAAGGCCGCAAAAGAUGAAGAGAAGGUUCACUACCUGGGAGAGAGGCUCCCAACCCUGAAGCUGUCUGGCAUGACCACAGAUGAGCUGCAGAAACUGUGCAAGCAGCUCCACGCCAAGAUCGAUGCGGUGGAUGAGGAACGCUACGACUGUGAGGCCAAGGUUGCGAAGAACAACAAAGAUAUCAAUGAGUUGAAGCUGAAGGUGCAGGACCUCGGAGGGAAGUUCAGGAAGCCCGCGCUGAGGAAGGUUAGAGUAUCUGCAGAUGAGAUGAUGAGAGCACUCUUGGGUUCCAAACACAAGAGCUCCAUGGACCUGAGGGCUAACCUCAAGUCUGUGAAGAAAGAGGACAUCAAACAAGAAAAGGAGCUGACCAUGGAGGUGGGUGACUGGCGCAAGAAUGUGGAGGCCAUGUCUGGUAUGGAGGGCAGGAAGAAGAUGUUCGAUGCUGCUGGAGGAGGCCAAUAGAAAAGCUUUUUUUACUUACAAGACGACAGACCCUUUGGGAUUCAACACAGGAUGACAGUGGGAGGAGCAAGUAUUUAAAAAGAAGAAAAUUGGUAUUGUAGUGGGGGAACGAGCUUCAUGUUAAGGGUCCGAGGUGAAAUAUCAAGUGCCUAGUCAAAUCAACUUAGUUGCCUGCACAAAGUAAAUUUGCAGUGUUAAACUUCUUGCAGCAUUUGUCCAUGUUUGUCCGGUCAACUUAUUUCUGAAUAUUGUAGCUAGUGUUUUUUACAAAAGACUGGGUACGCCUUGUGUUUGUCAAGUUACUGCGCUGUGUACUGUGUUCUCAAGGAGCACUUUUUCAACUUUGCAAAGUAAAAUGUGAAAAUAUAUU